UUAUGUAUGGUUUUGAAAUUUAGUAAGGAAAAAAAAAAUGACUGUAAUUUAUAAAUUCACGGGCACUAUUUGCCUGGCCCGAGCUAGCAAGAUUAGUUCUUGAUGAUGAUAAUGAUGGCAACUGAGAGAGGAUGAUGAUGAUGAUGAUGGCGAUGAUUACCAUUGAGGAUUGAUUCGCUUCAAAGACAAGGGAAAAUCAGUGCAAAAGAAACAAAUCCAAGCCACUCCUACACCCCCUGUCUCUCUUUCUUCUCUCUCUCUCUCUCUCUCUCUGUCUCUCUCUCUCUCGGUUGAUAUUUUUCAGGGCCGGUAAUAAUGCCAUGUUCUUCUUCUUCAUCCGCAACCACUUGAGGCACAAAGUGGUUGGUUGGUUGGUUCGUUCCCUGUCAUAAUUAAUUAUAAGCAAGCUGCCGGAAACUUCAACGCUGAAUUCUCGGAGCAAGCGACAGAGUGGGUUCUCGUUCGUCUCCGUUGAGUUGUUGAUUUGGGCAUGGCCAUGGCGGCCGGCAAGCUGCUCUUCUUUCUGGUGUGCUGUGCUGCCGGGAUUCAUGUUAUCUCCUCUUCCACCGACUCUAACGAUGCUGCGGUACUCAGGUCGUUAAAGGACCAGUGGGGGAAUGUUCCACCAAGCUGGUCACAUUCUGCUGAUCCUUGUGGAGGAUCCUGGGAUGGGGUCACCUGCAACAAUUCAAGGGUGACGGCAUUGGGAUUAACAAGUAUGGGACUCGUAGGUGGACUUAAUGGUGAUAUUGGGGGCCUCACCGAGCUGACAUCCUUGGAUCUUUCCUUCAACCCGAAGCUCACAGGCUCCAUCUCUUCUCGGUUAGGUGAUCUGCGAAAGCUGAACAUAUUAAUCCUGGCAGGAUGUGGGUUCAGUGGCAAUAUCCCAAAUGAAUUGGGCAAUCUUGUGGAGCUAUCGUUUCUGGCUUUAAAUUCAAACAACUUCACUGGUAAAAUACCUGCUUCCUUGGGUAAUCUCGCCAAGCUCUACUGGCUGGACAUUGCAGAGAAUAAGUUGACAGGACCCAUUCCUGUUUCAACACCCAACAGCCCAGGCUUAGAUCUCCUAAAGAAGGCAAAGCACUUCCAUUUCAAUAAAAACCAGCUCUCUGGAACAAUCCCUCGCCAACUUUUUAGUUCUGAUAUGGUACUGAUACACAUACUCUUUGAUGGAAAUAGACUAAGAGGGGAAAUUCCAGACACAUUAGGACUUGUACAGACGCUCGAGGUUCUUCGUCUAGACAGAAACAUCCUGACUGGUGCUGUACCGAGGAACCUGAACAACCUGACAAAAGUUGUUGAAUUGCACCUGGCAUACAAUAACCUGUCAGGCCCAUUACCAAACCUGUCCGGAAUGACCUUACUCAAUUAUGUGGACUUGAGCAACAAUCCCUUUCUAAGCUCAGGAGCUCCAACUUGGUUCUAUACUUUACAAUUGCUCACCACUUUGGUCAUAGAAAAUGGUUCACUUCAAGGGUCUGUGCCACAAAGACUCUUCAGCUUGCCACAGAUACAGCAAGUGAAAUUGAAGAACAAUCAAUUUAAUGACACACUGAAUAUGGGCAAUAUCAUUGGCCCACAAUUGCAGCUUGUAGAUAUGCAGAACAACCAGAUAUCAUCUGUGAUGCUGGGUUCUAGUUAUACAAAGACAUUAAUACUUAUUGGAAACCCAGUGUGCAGCAGCAACAUUGCUCUGGCAAAUACAAAUUACUGUCAGCUUCAACAGCAACCCAGACCUUAUUCUACCAGGGCCAACUGCGGUGGCAAAUCAUGUUCGCCUGGCCAGUCACUCAACCCUCAGAGCUGUGACUGUGCUUUUCCAUAUGAAGGGACAAUGUAUUUUAGAGGACCCUCCUUCAGGGAGUUGUCGAAUGCUACUCUCUUUCAUUCUUUCGAAAUGAACCUGUGGGUGAAAUUGGGCCUUACUCCGGGUUCAGUUUCUUUGCAGAACCCCUUCUUUGAUACUGAUGACUAUCUUCAGCUGAGCCUGCAGCUCUUUCCAUCCCCAGGACAAUAUUUCAAUAGGUCAGAGAUUCUGAGGCUGGGCUUUGCUUUCAGUAAUCAAACUUAUAAGCCUCCUCAUGAGUUUGGACCUUAUUUUUUCAUAGCCUCUCCUUACAUUUUUCCAGAUCAUAAGGGAAGUCCCAUCAGCUCAAGCACAAUUGUUGGGAUAGCAAUUGGAUGUACCCUUUUGGUCCUGGCGCUUGUUGGGCUAGGAGCAUAUGCUAUUCGGCAAAAGAAACGUGCUGAAAAAGCAAUAGAAAUGAGCAAACCAUUUGCAUCAUGGGCUCCAAGUGGAAAAGAUAGUGGUGGUGCACCACAGUUAAAGGGAGCUAGAUGGUUCUCCUAUGAUGAACUCAAGAAGUGCACCAGUCAUUUCUCUGAAAGCAAUGAGGUUGGAUCCGGUGGCUACGGCAAGGUAUACAGAGGCAUGAUCUCUGGAGGACAGAUAGUUGCAAUCAAAAGGGCACAGCAAGGUUCCAUGCAAGGUGGGCUUGAGUUCAAGACUGAAAUUGAGUUGCUGUCACGAGUUCAUCACAAGAAUCUCGUUGGCCUUGUUGGAUUUUGCUUUGAACAAGGGGAACAGAUGUUGGUUUACGAGUAUAUGCCCAAUGGAACACUCAGAGAGAGCUUAUCUGGGAGAUCAGGCAUUUAUCUAGAUUGGAAAAGGAGACUUCGUAUUGCUCUUGGUUCAGCGAGAGGAUUAGCUUAUCUUCAUGAGCUUGCAGAUCCCCCAAUCAUUCAUAGAGAUGUCAAGUCCUCCAAUAUUCUGUUGGAUGAAAAUCUAACAGCAAAAGUUGCGGAUUUUGGAUUAUCCAAGCUAGUUUCAGACAGUGGAAAAGGGCAUGUUUCAACUCAAGUUAAAGGCACACUGGGUUACCUAGAUCCUGAAUAUUACAUGACACAACAAUUGACCGACAAGAGUGAUGUAUACAGCUUUGGUGUGGUGAUGCUAGAACUAGUAUCCGCAAAGCAACCAAUCGAGAAGGGAAAAUACAUUGUUCGGGAGGUGAGAAUGGCAAUCAAAAAGAAUGACCACGAGCAUUAUGGAUUGAAGGAGUUGGUGGAUCCAGCCAUUAGAAACAUGGGAAACCUUACAGGUUUCAUCAGGUUUGUGGAUUUGGCCAUGCAGUGUGUGGAAGAAUCAGCUUCAGACCGCCCAACGAUGAGUGAAGUGGUGAAGUCACUGGAAAUCAUCCUGCAGAAUGAUGGUUUAAAUACAAACUCAACAUCUGCAUCCUCAUCUGCCACAGACUUUAACUCUACGAAAGGCGCUCCUAGACACCCUUACAACGAUCCCUUGCCUAGAAAGGAUGCCUCUGAUAGCGAUGCCUUCGACUACAGUGGUGGAUACUCACUCUCGGCCAAAAUUGAACCUAAGUAGCCAGUUCCUUUCUAGUCUUUUUGUUUGUUUACUCCCUCUUGCUAAACUGUUGUGUUUAACAAUUACAAUUUUUGUUGAAUCAGUGAGGAAUGAAAUUGUUGCAGCUCUAUUACAUUAACAA